AAAGAAAGAUGCAAAAGAGGAACGUGAAGAGUCUAGACUUCUAAGAGGAAUGUGGGUCAACAAUAUCUUUGCUAUUUCUGUUUCUGCUUGAUCUUGAAAAGUCGUGUGUUUUUUGGCAAUAACUAGAUUUAGUUGGUUGCACGGGCUUCUGGUUCAAAACAAGAUGUUUGGAAGGUCGGUUAUGUCGAGAACUGGGAGCUUCAGGCCUGAAAACCUGGGUCAACAUGCAUUGGCUAUGAUAGGCAAUCUUUGCUUCACAAUGUUUGUGGUAGGAGUCUUGGUUUUUACAAUCAUAGCGGCUACGUAUGAACCUGAGGACCCCCUUUUUCACCCAUCAGACAAGAUCACCAAUUUCCUCACAUCCACCUCAAAUGCCACGUUCAAAUCUGAUAUCAGCGUUGUCAGAACAGGAGAGGAUUUUAUGACCCCAAAUCAAACUGUUGUUGCUGGUUUUAUCAAUAUAACAGAUGUUGAAAACUUGGAGAGGACACCUGAAACGGGCUCAUCUGACUGUGAUACUGAUUUUGCAACUAAGCCACUUGAUUGUAGGGACCCAGAAGUGUUCCAUUUGAUGAUGAAGGCAGCCAUAGAGCAGUUUAAGGAUAUACAUUUUUACCGUUUUGGGAAGCCAGUUGCUGGGUCCAAUGAGACUACAUGUGAUAUGGCAUGGAGAUUUAGGCCUAAGGAAGGGAAGACUGCAGCUUUUUAUAAGGAUUACAGGCGGUUUGUGAUAUCUAGGUCAAACAAUUGUACGGUUAGUGUGGUGGGAAUUGGGGAUUAUCAUUCAGGUGUGAAUGCAAGGAAGAGGAAGAAGCAGAAACCUGGAUUUGAGAAGAAAUCAGAGAAGUCGGAUCAAGGUAGUAUGCCUUUGGUUGUUGGGGAAGUUGUGAAUGAUGCACUUGUUAACAUAUCUGAGGGUGCAUUUAGUCAUGGGAAGUACUUGAUUUAUGUUGGUGGUGGAGAUAGGUGCAAGACCAUUAAUCAUUAUUUGUGGAGCUUCUUGUGUGCUCUGGGUGAAGCACAAUAUUUGAAUCGAACAUUAGUUAUGGAUUUGACACUCUGUCUGUCAUCAAUCUACACUAAUUCCAACCAGGAUGAGGAAGGGAAGGAUUUUAGGUUUUAUUUUGAUUUUGAGCAUCUGAGAGAGGCAGCAUCAGUGUUGGAUCAGGAUCAGUUUUGGUCAGAUUGGAAUAAAUGGCAGAAGAAAGAUGGCUUGAAGCUUCAUCUAGUGGAGGACUUUAGGGUAACACCCAUGAAGCUUGCUGAAGUGAAGGAUACCUUGAUUAUGAGGAAGUUUGGAUCUGUGGAGCCAGAUAAUUACUGGUACAGGGUAUGUGAAGGAGAGACAGAAUCUGUUGUUCAAAGGCCUUGGCAUCUGCUGUGGAAAUCAAGAAGGCUAUUGGAUAUAGUAUCUGCGAUAGCAACAAGGUUAAAUUGGGAUUAUGACUCUGUUCAUAUUGAGAGAGGAGAGAAAGCAAGGAACAAGGAGCUGUGGCCUAACCUUGAACAAGAUACUUCACCAGAUGCACUUCUCACUACGCUGCAGGACAAGCUUGAGGAUGGGAGGCAUGUCUAUAUCGCAACAAAUGAACCUGACACAUCCUUCUUUGACCCUUUGAAAGACAAAUAUACCACUCAUUUUCUUGAUGAGUACAAGGACCUUUGGGAUGAAAACAGUGAGUGGUAUUCAGAGACAACAAAGCUUAACAAUGGAAUUCCAGUUGAAUUUGAUGGUUACAUGAGGGUGUCUGUCGAUACAGAAGUUUUCUUGAGAGGGAAGAAGCAGAUUGAGACUUUCAACGAUCUCACCAAUGAUUGCAAGGAUGGUGUAAACACGUGCAACACUGCAUCCAGUUAAUUCCUGACGUUUGGGGCUGGAGACUUCGUUCAGGCAUAUUCAUGUGUACUUUUAGCUGUUAUUUGAUGUUUCUGGGAAACCGUAAGCCGCAUUUGUUAGUGUAUUUCAUUCAUUAGCAUUUUCACGAAUUUUGUACUUUUAGAAUAUCCACUUCCUGUUUCAUGAAUUGCAAUCCUCUAGCCCGUUAAGCUUUUAGUUGUGAUUUUGUUCUUCAUUUGAAUGGCAAGAGCUGGAAAUCUGUG